CUCAAGGGAUUUUCAGUUGCCCGUAAAUUGGGCUGAGUCUGUCAUGGAUGAGUAUGGCAUCCACCCGCCCAUGGCACACACAAUUAGUCACGUCGCCCAUUCAAACCCACUUAGUCUCAUUCCACCACUGCUCACACAGACAGACCCUCUCAGCCUAUCCAAUCCACCAACACCACCCAAUCGCCACCCGGCUUACAGCACUCACCCCUCACACCAGCACCAUCCCCCCAUCGAUGACCUCACGCUCGACGCCGAAUGGCCGCAGCACACGGCGCCACAGGGGCUCCGACACGGGAAAGCACACACCGAGUGGAGCCGGCGCAUCGGCAGCACAUGGCUCGGUCGUGUGCAGACUGAUGCGCCCUGACGCCACCCACAAAAAGGCGGCGACGGUGUCGUUGGGUCUGAAGCCGCUGACAAUCACAUGACGAUCAUCAACCGCCUUUGCAUAAUUCAGAUCGCCCAGGUCCAAGCGCCAGUGUACAGCGAUGCCCUGAUCCUCUGUGAUGCCCUCAGUCAGCAGACGGCCAUAGAGAGGGUCAUCACGGCCGAUGAUUGCAGGGGUAGAGCCAGUUGUCGACCCAGCGAAUGGCGGGGUCGGUCCGCUUGUAGCCGUCAGCAUAGCGAUGGCCGCCCGGCAGAUCACCAAAUGGCACCACACGAAACGACUCAUUGCCAAUCCGAUAGCCCCCAUUGUCGGCUUGCUGCAGCGCCAGGCUGGUCCCUUGGUAUGUCAGCAGGUGGCCGAGCAGCCGAUAGAUGGCCAUGGCGUCGGGCAGCUGGUGGAAAGCCGUCUUGCUGGGCAGGUGGGCCAUCAGCCACUGAGCCGACAGCACCAGGGGCAGCCCACUGGCAGGCGUGAGACCAUAGAUGGCGGCCAGGCGGAUGAACCACCCUAUCCGACGCCUCUCAUCGGUGCCCUGCUCCAGCACAUAGGCCACCCGCAGCACAUAGGUGAAUGGGAGAGGGGCGGUGCGGUGCAUGUCGAUGAGGCCGGUGAGUGAGUGGCGGGCGAGGCAGCCGUCAAUGCGCUCGACCAGCAGAGCGGCCGUGAUGAUGGACGUGCCGAUGGUGCGGGAGGUGUUGCGGAGAGAGGCCACAUCAGGCAGCUGCAGGCACGCCACCAGCCGCCCACGCCACACCUCAAAAGGCACGGAGGACGCCAUCAAUCAGUCACCACAAGUCAGUCAGCAGAUGCCGACGACCACCAAUGGACAUCACCGGCUGAUUGAUGCAAUGGCUCAUCUGCUACAUGACGAACGUCGUGGCUGUCGAUGAACGUGACGAACGAGAGAU